GGGGUUUUUGGGUGCGGUGGGCGGGCCUAAAUGUGCACCGGAAGGUUGUGGAACUUUGAUGGUGGGUAGCUUGAAUUACCGCUGAACACGCACGAACAGUCAACCAUGGGCAGUGUGUUGGCUGCCAGCUCCCCUGCUCCCCCCCCUGCCCCAGGCAGUGGUGUUGUCCAGGGGGCCCCUGGGUUGGUGUCAGUCCCCCCAGGGUUCUCCAUGCCCUCCGUCUCUCCCCCCUCUGUCCCCGGACAGCCAGCAGGUGAGACGGGGAGCCCCCUCCCCAACCCUGGUACCUAUGAGGAGUGUCAUCGCAAGUGCAAAGAGGUGUUCCCCAUCCAGAUGGAAGGAGUGCGACUGGUGGUCAACAAGGGCCUGAGUAAUCACUUCCAGGUCAGUCAUACAGUCACUCUCAGCACCUUGGCUGAAUCUGGCUACCGGUUUGGUGCCACCUACGUGGGCACUCAACAGACAGGACCUGCUGAGUCCUUCCCAGUCAUGGUGGGAGACAUGGACAACACCGGUAGUCUGAACGCCCAGGUUAUCCACCAGCUCACCAGCGCCGUGCGCUCCAAAAUAGCCAUCCAGACUCAGCAGCACAAGUUUGUGAACUGGCAGUGUGACCUGGAGUGCCGCAGUGACAACUUCACUUCUGCUGUUACCCUGGGCAACCCAGACGUCCUCCUUGGCUCUGGUAUUAUCGUGGCUCACUACCUCCAGUCCAUCAGUCCAGCCCUGGCGUUGGGAGGAGAGCUGGUUUACCACCGGAGGCCUGGAGAGGAGGGAGCAGUCACCUCCCUAAUGGGCAGAUACACAGGCAAUAAUUAUGUUGCCACAUUGACUCUAGGGGGUGCCGGUGCUCAUGCAACAUACUACCACAGAGCCAAUGACCAGCUGCAGCUGGGGGUGGAGUUUGAGGGCAACAUGCGGUCGCAGGAGACCGCAGUAUCGUUUGGGUACCAGCUGGACCUCCCUAAAGCCAACCUGCUCUUUAAAGGUUCGGUAGACAGUAACUGGGUGGUGGGGGCGGUCCUGGAGAAGAAGCUGCUGCCCCUGCCUCUCUCCUUGGCCCUGGGAGCCUUCCUUAACCAAAAGAAGAACACGUUCCAGUGUGGCUUCAACGUCACCGUUGGCUAGAUCUCCAGCCGCCUCCGACACACUGGGUCGUGCUUGGACCAGCACUUGUCAUGUAUGUAUCUACUGGAUUCAGAGACUCUCCUAUAUUGUGAAUUGUGGGGUAGAGAGUUACUCUAUACCAAGGAGCCAGACCUACAUAUUGUAGCACAAGUGUAUUUCCUUACAAUCGAUACAUUCUUUAGGAAAGGGAAAAAGCUAUAUUUUUACCAAACUUCAGAAGCAUUUUGAAUACAUUAUCUUGGUCCUAGAGUCAUGAAAUGUUCAGAGUACACUGAGUGCAGUUACUGCUUUUGAUACAUGUAACAAACAUUGGCAGAAAUGGAGUUGAGGUUUUCACCAGACCGUGAUGAAAUGUAUUUAGAAUCAUAAAUAAACUACUUUUGUAUUUUU